AUGCCAACCACCGAGAGCACCUGCUGCAAAGGGGCCAGAGCACUCACCUCUCCAGCGGGGAGUUCAGCCGCAGAGCCGGCCUGCACUCGGGCCAGGGGGGGGGGGGGCGGGGGUCAGCAGGACCCGAGCACCGAGCUGCUUUUCCCAGUUCCUGGGAUCCCUUCGGAUCUUGCCUCUGCCUUCAUGGCCUUGGCACCGCCGGCAGCAGCCUCCGCCAGUGCGGAGCCCGCACGCCCAUGCCUGCUGGCAUGUGCUGCAAUCGCAUUGGCUGAGUUCGCCUGGCCAUCGUUGAAGAUGUGUGCGUUGCAGCCCGAACAGAGACCAUAG